CCCCCCCGCCCCCCAUAUCUGCUCUACGCAAAGAAAAACCGUCGACGUGCCGUGUCGUCUUCAGAAAUACACAAGAAGUCUGUUUUUUUCUGUCUUGUCUAGCUCCAAAUUCACAGCUACUAGGACACCAUGAGCGAUAACGAGAAGGAGUUUGUGGAGCGGGGGUCACGGUCCAGGAGUGUUAGUCCAAGGGGCUCGGUGAAAUCGAACAGCCCCUCCCCAGAGCAGUCUCCAGCACCGUCGAAAGAUGGUUCCCACCGCUCCCAGUCCAAAUCCCAGUCCAGGUCCAAAUCCAGGUCUCGCUCCCACCGCAGCUCGCGGCGCCACUACUCGCGCUCACGCUCGCGUUCUCGCCGGCGCCACUCGCGCAGCCGCUCGUACAGCCGCGAGUACCGGCGGCGCCGCAGUCCCAGCCACUCGCCCAUGUCCAACCGCAGACGCCACGUCGGCAACCGGGCAAACCCAGACCCCAACUGCUGCCUGGGUGUGUUUGGCCUGAGCCUCUACACCACAGAGAGAGACCUGAGGGAGGUGUUCUCCAAGUACGGCCCCCUGGCCAGUGUCACCAUCGUCUACGACCAGCAGUCGCGGCGCUCGCGGGGCUUCGCCUUCGUCUACUUUGAGAACAAGGAGGACUCCAAGGAGGCUAAAGAAAGAGCUAAUGGCAUGGAGCUGGAUGGGCGGCGUAUCAGGGUGGACUUUUCCAUUACCCAGAGACCACACACCCCCACACCCGGAAUCUACAUGGGUCGGCCCACCUAUAGUGGAGGGGGAAGACCCAGUAUCUCGGCCAGCCGCUCCAGAGACUACUAUGACCGUGGCUACGAUCGGGGAUACGACCGCUACGAUGACCGAGAAUACUACAGAUCUUACAGGCGUAGGUCACCCUCACCCUACUACAGUCGUGGAGGAUACCGCUCCCGGUCACGGUCACGGUCCUAUUCCCCACGGCGUUAUUGAAGAAAACGUUUCUGUGUUGAUUGAGCUGGAGGCAUUCCGGCCUCAGAAACAUGGAAUAAUGGGGAAGAGAUUUUUGUUUGUUUGUUUGUUUGUUUUGGGUUUUUGUUUUUCGUUCCUUGUGCUUUGAGUUCUUGUAUUUUUUUUAAGAGCCUUGCAUUUUGCUUAGUUUAACAUUAAGAUGAUCUGUGUAUCUUUUUAAUUUCAUUACUGUUAAGUCAUUUAUGUUCCAAUCUGUUCGGCUCCAAGCCCAGUUGGAUGAUGGUGUAUUUAGCUUGAGCGAAUGUGUUGUGUUCUAAUACCAGGCGGUUUCCCAAUUGUUGUCCCUUGGGGGGGGUGUUGAGCUUGACUUUCUCUAUUUCGGCCAGUAAGCUGACUUAAGUCAUACGGGAAGGAUGUUAAGUGUCGGUGUCCCUUAUUUCUCCCUCUGCUUACGUUGGUCAAUUUUUAGCUCAUGGACACUUUUUUUUCUUUCUGUAAUGGUCUUCCUGGAGGGGCCCUGCACUUCACAGGUUCUUUUUCCCUGGUCUGACUCACGUGAUUUGACUCACAAAGGGCUUUGCUGUUAGUUGUUGUAUCAUGAGUGUUGGAAUAGUGGAGAGAUGCUAACCUGUGCACUGUGCUGGCAUGCCAGGAAGACAGCUGGGAAACGGAGCAAUGCCAGCAUAUAGAUGAAAUUACCACAAUCCGAUGUAAAUGACUGUUGUCUAUACCCAGGGAAUAAACAAUAUAUUUUACA